UUUAAUAGUACAUACCCACACCUCAGCCGCUCAAGACCCCAUAACGUCCGUAGUCAGUUGCCCGGUAGAGCCUCGAAUUAGUACUUGAAGCCGGACCUAUAUCCCACUCUGUCACAACCUACCUACCGAAGGAUUGCCCAACCGCCCGACUCGGCUUGCUUCGUUUUGCAAUAUCCAACCCCAUCGCCAGCCACCAUGCUCACCAUUCGCAGCUUCCUCGCCCUCCCCCUCCUCCCCCUCCUCGCUCUCCUCCUCCCCCUCGUGUCCGCCGACCCCGUCCCGGGCCUGCUGCCCAAGAUCCCCAUCCUGGACGCCCUGCUCGCCCUCGGCGCCAGCCCGCCGCCGCCCAUCCUGCGGACCACGCACCCGUCGCCGCAGUGCGCCGCCAUCAACCAGGGCCAGCUGAUGUGCUGCCGCGCCACCGUCGCGGGUGACAUCCAGCUGGUCGUCUGGCUCGCCGAGCUGUACGGCUACAACCUGAACCCCAACGACAUCAACGGCCUGAACUGUGAUACCAAUAUUGACACCUGCCCGGGCGUCAAGGUUUGCUGCCAGGUCACCGGAUUGACCCCGCUGCUGGCACUGUGGUGUCACGACUAUCCGUAAGACCGGAUACCAGGUCGCUUGGGGAAAGUCGAAGAGCUACGGCAUGGGGAUGGCCCAAGAGAGUUCCAAAGAGAUAUAAUGUCCAUUGAUGAUGGCAUGACCUCCCUCCUAGUCACUGU